AUGCUGCUCUGGACAGCUGCUCUGCUCUUCGUUCCCUGUGUUGGGAAAACUGUCUGGCUGAGCCUCCAAGCCCAGCCAUACCUCGUGUUUGAGGGGGAUAUACUGAUUCUGCGAUGCCGGGGAAGGAAGAACGCCGAGCUGUCCCAGGUGACAUUCUACAAAGAUGGAAAAUUCCUCCAUUUCUCUAAGAACAACUGGCCUCUCUUCCUGGGGACAGCAACAGCUAACAGCAGUGGCCACUAUAACUGCACUGGGCGGGCGAAAUAUACCCAAAACAUGGACUCAUGGGAUUCAGGGACUGCCACGGUCCAAGUCCAAGUGUGGUUCCCGCCUCCCGUGCUGACGGCCCUCCCCUCUCACGAGCUCUGCGAGGGGAAACCUGUGACCCUGAGAUGCCAGACGAAGCCGCGCAGUCAGACGCUGGCCGAGCGGCUGCUCUUUUCCUUCCACAAGGACGGCCACACCCUGCAGAACAGAAGCCCCCGCCCGGAACUCCGCAUCCCAGAAGCCAAGGAAGGAGACUCUGGGCUUUACUGGUGCAAGGCGUCCCCUGAGGGUGGCAGGGUCCAGAAACGGAGCCCUCAGCUGGAGCUCAGGGUGUGGACUCCCGUGUCCCGUCCUCUGCUCACCCUGAGACCCACCAGCCUAGUUGCGGGGGACGAGGUGGAGCUCCUCUGUGAGGCCCAGAGGGGCUCCCCUCCGAUCCUGUACUCAUUCCACCUCAAUGGGGACAUCCUGCGGAACCACGUGGCUCCCCACGGGGGACCCGCCUCCUGCCUCUUCCGGGUGAUGUCACAGCAGGAUGCUGGGAACUACUCCUGCGAGGCUGGGAACCGUGUUUCCAGAGAGACAAGUGAGCCCAAGACACUCUCUGUGGAUGAUCCUCAGGGCUUAUCUGACCCCACCAGUAGGAACUGGCUGGUUCCUGGGCUGCUUGCAAGCCUGCUUGCCAUGAUGGUCAUUGCUGCUGCACUUCUGGGGUAUUUCAGACCCUGGAGGAAAGACGGACCCCUUCCACCCCGGAAUUCACCCUCAGCCCCAGUUGGAGAGCAGCAUCCGCUAUAUGUCAACGUGUAUCGCCAGAAUGAAACCAAUGAAGGAGUUAUCUACUCUGAGAUUUAUAAAAUCACAAGAGAGCAUGAAGCCAGGCCUGCCCAGCCAGCCCAGCAGGACAAGGAGGUUUCCGUCAUCUAUGCUGAGGUGAGACGCCCGCAGCGCAGCGAGGGUCCAGACAAGGGGCCAAAUAGAAGAAGCAGGACCCACUGA